ACUCAGUCUGGGACCAAGGCUCUAAAUUUGCUCCUGGGACCAGGUCUGGGUCCUUUGAGGGUCUGUUGGGGUUCUGAGAGACCGGUUCUGGUUCGGUCCGGUUCUUUUGAGACCGGUUCUUUUGAGAUCAGGUCUGUGAACCAGCGGGUCCAGCCCAGAAGCCCGUCCGGAUCUUUCCUCUGCUGGUUUUGUGAGCAACAGUGGGAGACAUGUCUCAGGCCGAUCUCCCCCACAGGAAAAUGACGGAGUUUGAGGAGAAACUCCGUCAGCAGAGAGAAGAAUCCAUGACCCGCGAGCUGGAGGUUCUGCUGAGCUCCGGCAACAAGGAGGAGGCCCAGGUCUCCAGGAAGGACUUCGACGGCUUCAAGAAACUGUUCAACCGGUUCCUGCAGGUCUCAGGUCCCUCGGUGGACUGGAACAAGAUCCACCCCCCCCCGGAGGACUCUAUCCAGCCCUACGAGCGGAUCCGGGCCAAGGGCCUCCCCGACGACAUCGCCGGCUCCCUGAACAAGCUGGUGGUUCUGAAGCUGAACGGAGGUUUGGGAACCAGCAUGGGCUGCACCGGGCCCAAGAGUCUGAUCAGCGUCCGCAACGAGAACACCUUCCUGGACCUGACGGUGCAGCAGAUCGAGCACCUCAACAAGACGUUCAAGGCCGACGUGCCGCUCGUCCUCAUGAACUCCUUCAACACGGACGAAGACACGAAGAAGAUCCUGCAGAAGUACACGCACCACCAGAUCACCAUCCACACCUUCAACCAGAGCAGGUACCCGAGGAUCAACAAGGAGUCCCUCCUCCCCGUGGCGAAGGGCCUGGGCCUGGGCGGCGCCAACGGCGAGGCCUGGUACCCGCCGGGCCACGGCGACAUCUACGCUAGCUUCUACAACUCGGGGCUGCUGGACAAGCUGCUAGCCGCCGGGCGCGAGUACGUGUUCGUGUCCAACAUCGACAACCUGGGCGCCACCGUGGACCUGUUCGUGCUGCAGCACCUGAUGAGCCAGCCGGCCGACCGCCGCUGCGAGUUCAUCAUGGAGGUCACGGACAAGACCCGGGCCGACGUCAAGGGUGGGACCCUCAUCAACUACCACGAGCACCUGCGGCUGCUGGAAAUCGCGCAGGUUCCCAAGUCUCACGUGGACGAGUUCAAGUCGGUGACCAAGUUCAAGAUCUUCAACACCAACAACCUGUGGAUCUCCCUGCCCGCCAUCCGGCGGCUGCAGGAGAAUAACUCUAUGGACCUGGAGAUCAUCGUUAACCCCAAGACGCUGGACGGCGGCCUGAACGUGAUCCAGCUGGAGACGGCGGUCGGCGCCGCCAUCAAGUGCUUCAACAACGUUCUGGGCGUGAACGUUCCGCGCAGCCGCUUCCUGCCGGUGAAGACGUCGUCGGACCUGCUGCUCGUCAUGUCCAACCUGUACAGCCUGGACGCCGGAUCGCUCACCAUGAGCCGGCUCCGGGAGUUCAAGUCCACGCCGCACGUCAAGCUGGGCAGCUCCUUCACCAAGGUCCAGGACUUCCUGAAGAGGUUUGAGAAUGUCCCGGACAUGUUGGAGCUGGACCACCUGACGGUUUCUGGAGACGUCACGUUCGGGAAGAACGUCUCCCUGAAGGGAACCGUCAUCAUAAUCGCCAACCACGGCGACCGGAUCGACAUCCCGGCCGGAGCCAUGCUGGAGAACAAGAUCGUCUCCGGGAACCUGCGGAUCCUCGACCACUGAGGCAUUCUGGGAAAAGGAGGAAUCGUCACGGCAACGCGUCACGGCGGCCCGGGGAGCCCGGAGGCCCGGCCGCCGCCGAGGGCCCGGUCCAGUCGGAGCUCGUCAGGAGGAACCUCGUCAUGACGACCGUCUCCGACGAGUCCGUCCAGUGUGAUUUAAUAAAAGUGAAUUGUGGGUC